CACACAGCACACUUCAGUUUGUUUCCACUACUCAGGGGAGCAGGCGGUCUUCUUUUAAACUACAUUGAUUUCUUUUAUACCAAACGAUAACUAAUAAUAUAUGAAUUGGUGAAGUGAUUGGACUUUUAAUAUGGCUAAUAAGAACUUCUGGCUUGUCUGUCUUUUGUUUGCGCUCCUGUGCCCAUUUCAGGCCCGCACAGUGAGCGCACAAGAAGUGGAAGAUGUUGAAAGCAAAGAGGAUGUUGUAGCAGAAUUUGGCGAAGCAACUGAGGAAGAGGGAGAAGUACAAGAAACUGGUACAGAAGAAGAGGCCGGUGAAGAGGCAGAGGAGGUGGAUGAAGAAGAAGCAGAGGAUGAUGAUAAUACUGAGGAAUCUGUAGAGGAAGGCACAGAGGAAGAAGAGGAGGUUGAGAAAGAAGAGAAGGGCACUGAAACAAAGGAGGAAGAAGCAGCAGAAGAUGCGGAAGAGAAAGAAGCAGUCAAAGAAGAAGAACCAGAGGAUGCAGAGGAUGAUGAGGAGGAGGGCGAAGCUGCUGAUGAAGGAGAAGAUCAAACUACUGUAGAAGAGGAUAUAGUUGAGGAUGGAGAAAAUGAGGAAGAAGAAGGGGAUGAAGAGGACACUGAAGAUGAAGGUGAAGAAGAAGCAAAAGAGGAGGAGGAGGAAGAGGAGGAAGAAGCAGUGGAGGAAGAGGAGGAGGAAGAAGCAGUAGAGGAAGAGGAGGAAGAGGAGGAGGAAGAAGCAGUACAGGAAGAAGAGGAAGAGGAGGAGGAAGAAACAGUAGAGGAAGAAGAGGAAGAGGAGGAGGAAGAAAUAGUAGAGGAAGAGGAGGAGGAAGAAGCAGAGGAGGAGGAGGAAGAAGCAGUGGAGGAAGAGGAGGAGGAAGCUGAUGAUGAUGAUGAUGACGACAUAGAAGAUGAAGAUGAGGAAGAAGCAGAAGAAGAGGAUGAGACUGAAGAGGAAGAAGAGGAUGAUGAAGAGGAUGAGGAGGAUGUGGUUGAAACUGCAGAUGAAACUGAAGAAGAGGAAGAUGAUGUCCCAGAUGAAGAGGAGGAAGCUGAAGAUGAAAUUGAAGAUGAUUUUGAAGUUAAAGGAGAGGAAGCCACAGCAGGUGGACUUGACUUCCAAUCAGGCUCAAUAUGUAACGUUUGCACAAUUUGUGAUUACUGCGCAGCGAACUGUGGCCAUUGCCCCUGUGAAGAUGGGGAUGAGUCAGAACCUUGUCAACAGUGUCAAGAAUGCACAUCCUGCUAUAUCUGCCCCUUGUUUUGUGAUACGAUUUGCUCACCAGGCGGCUUUGUAGAUGAGAUGUCAGGCUCCUUGUUUCAGACUGUCGCUUCUUAUUUUUGAACAAUGUGGAAUUAGAGAAGAUCCCCUUGCAGUCUUCAUUUCUGGAGAAAGCAAAACAUCAUUAUAGGAAUCUUUAAAUUGAAUUUGAAUAGGAUGUUUUUGUUUAUGAAUGAAUUGUACAGUAUUUGCUGAAAAACACGAUUUCUUCUUUGUUUCUGUAUUGCUUAAUUGUGGGCAUAUUUUCUGCUUGGCUCUUCUGGAAGUUUACACCCCAAACACCAGGUCACCCGGUACCCUCUCCUCUUGAUGUCCUUCUUUGUAAAACCUCUCAUAAGUGACUUAUUUUAAAACACAUUAUAUCAACUAAGGCUGUAUAACAGUUCUCUUUGUGUAUUAAGUGGUGUACAGUGGCUUUACUUUGAUCUCAUAUAAAAAGACCCUUUGGAAUUUUAGGUUUUUUUUUUUCUUAAUAAACUUUGCUUUUUCUUA